UGUUUAAAAAUCGCGCCGCGCGCAGUCUUCUGGCUGUGACGUCAUCAGGGCGCGACAGUUCAUUUCCUUGCGCUCAGAUAAACAACAGCAAAUCAGAGCGUUUCGAUCCUUCCUACAGCCGAUUCGGUUCUGACAGCCGCAGCUCGCACAGAAACAGAGCCUGCUUUGGAGAACAGACCCACAGGAGAAGAGGUCCGGUUCUGGAGCAUCCUUUCGUCCCGGGCUCACGGGUUAUCUGUGUUCAGGUGACGACCAGCCGCGCAGCCUGGGCCACGCCCCCCUCGACCUGGACCCAAGUCGGCCAGAAGGUUUCCCGUCUGUCGGUGCAGGUCAGCAAAGACAAAAUGGAGAAAGGAAGAAGAAAAAGUGAUCUGCAGGAAGCGAAGAGGAGAGGAAGAAUGGAGAGAAGCCAUCAGAAGGAGGAGGAGCUAAGUAGCAUCAUGGGGGCUCUGGAUCUUUCCGGCGGAUCUGCAGCCAGAGGAACCGGUCUGGUUUACUCUGAGAUCUUCACACAGCAUCAGAACCUGUGGGAGUCCAGUCAUCCGGAGAGUCCAGACAGAGUCCGGUCCAUCAUGGAGGAGCUGGAGCGGCAGCAGCUGCUGCCCCGCUGUGUCCGUGUGCAGCCUCGGACAGCGACAGAGGAGGAGCUGCUGCUCGUGCACACGAAGGAUUAUAUCGACCUGAUCAAGUCCACAGAGAGGAUGACGCAGCCGGAGCUGCAGACGCUGUCCUGCAAAUACGACUCUGUCUAUCUGCAUCCUCUGUCCUUUCAGGUGUGUGCGCUGGCCGCCGGUUCUGUCCUCCAGCUGGUCGAUGAGGUCAUGACCUUCAACCUGAGAAAUGGAUUUGCUGUCAUCAGACCUCCAGGUCACCACGCUCAGACCAACGAGCCCAACGGCUUCUGUGUGUUCAACAACGUUGGAAUUGCAGCACGCUACGCUCGCAGCCGUCACGCCGUCAGCAGGGUGUUAAUUGUGGACUGGGACGUUCACCAUGGGCAGGGUCUUCAGUACCUGUUCCAGGAAGAUCCCAGUGUGUUGUACUUCAGCAUCCAUAGAUACGAGCACGCCUCCUUCUGGCCUCACCUGCCAGAGUCUGACAGCAGUUUUACUGGCAGUGAAAAUGCUAAAGGAAGAAACAUUAACAUUCCUUGGAACAAGAUUGGAAUGAGCGACGCUGAUUACAUCUCUGCUUUCCAACAUGUCCUGCUGCCUGUGGCCUAUGAGUUUCAGCCUCAGCUGGUUCUGGUCUCGGCUGGAUUUGAUGCAGCAGCUGGAGAUUCUAAGGGGGAAAUGAAUGUUAGUCCUCAGUGCUUUCACACUCUGACACACAUGCUGAUGAGUCUGGCUGAAGGUCGUCUGAUUCUCGCUCUAGAGGGAGGUUACAACCUGCAGGCGACAGCAGAAGGAGCUGCAGCCAGUGUCCGAGCUCUGUUGGGCGGAGCCUGCCCUCGUUUGACUCCGCCCACUGAACCUUCUGAAAGCGCCCUGCACUCCAUCUCUCAGACCAUCUCUGAGCUGUACUCCCACUGGGCCUUCCUCCAAGUCUUGGAGGGAACUUCCUCGGCUGAAGAUGACCUAAUCAGGUCAGUUCCGGGUCCCAUUAGCGCGGUAACCGCGGCCCCUCCCCCUGCUGUUGCCACAAUCACAGGCUUGGUCUACGAUGAGAGAAUGAUGGAGCACGUCAAUUUGUGGGACAGACACCACCCGGAGCAGCCUCAGAGGAUCUUCAGGAUCUUCUCCAGGCACCAGCAGCUGGGAUUGGUCGACCGUUGCCAGCGAAUCCAGAGUCGCUCGGCAACAGAGGAAGAGCUAGCUAUGUGUCAUAGUUUGAAGCACAUCCAACAGAUGAGUGCAACAGCAACCAUGAAGCCCAGAGACCUUCACAGGCUGGGGGACGAGUUUGUCUCCAUCUUCAUCAGCAACCAGAGCUUCCAGUCCGCCCAGCUCGCUGCUGGAAGCUGCUUUGCUGCUGUGGAGCAUAUCCUAGAUGGACAGGUAAACAACGCCGUGGCCAUCGUCCGUCCUCCAGGCCAUCACGCCGAGGUCGACUCUCCUUGCGGCUUUUGUCUCUUCAACACAGCAGCGCUCACCGCUCGCCACGCUCAGAAAGUCUCCCCCGAUCUGAAGAUCUUGAUUGUGGACUGGGAUGUUCACCACGGGAACGGGACGCAGCACAUGUUUGAGGACGACAGCAGUGUUCUCUACAUCUCCCUCCAUCGCUAUGACAACGGGACUUUCUUUCCAUCAUCGGAAGACGCUGCCCCUGAAAAGGUGGGCGUGGCCAAAGGUGUGGGGUAUAAUGUGAACGUGGCGUGGAGCGGUGGGCGGAUGGGGGAUUCUGACUACCUGGCAGCCUUUCACCAGGUCGUCAUGCCAAUCGCAUCAGAGUUCAACCCUGGCCUGGUUCUGGUGUCCGCCGGGUUCGAUGCAGCGCGGGGGGAUCCACUGGGUGGAUAUAAUGUGACCCCAGAAGGAUACGCCCACCUCACGCACAUGCUGAUGUCACUGGCAGGAGGGCGGGUCCUCAUCAUCCUGGAGGGAGGCUACAACCUCACCUCCAUUUCUGACUCCAUGGCUGCCUGCACCAGCGUGCUGCUGGGAGACCCUCCGCCAUCACUGGUGACCCCCCUGCCCCCCCCUCACCACUGCGCUGCAGUAGCCAUCAACGAGGUCAUCCAGCACCACGCCCCCUACUGGAGGAGCCUGAGGGUUCAGAUUCCAGACUCGGUGCGAGCAUCCUCAAAGCAUCGUGGGAAACGUGGUUCUAAAGGAAGAGACCGGACGUCGGGGCAGAGCAGCACGAGCAGACCUGAGUCCUCUAUGGCGCAGAGCGACGUGGAGCAGCUCACGCAGGGUUUGGCCACUCUAGACCUCAGUCAGAGCCCGGCACACCCGGCCCUUCCUGGCCCUGCAGCCCCGCCCCCAGAGGGAGGAGUCGGAUCAGAGUCCCACCCACAUUCAGACUCUGUUGAAGAAGCUCAGGUGAUCAAAGGUGACAGCCCGCCGAGGGCAGCACCACCUCAGGUAACACCUGAGGAGGAGGAGCCUGAGCCAGAAGGAGCGUGCGGUUGGGCGGAGUCUCAGAAAAGCGUGGAACUAAUGUGUGCAGCAGACACUCUGUAUGUGGUCGACCCGCUGCCCUGGUGUCCACACCUGGACGCUGUGAAGCCCCUCCCCCCCACAGGUAUAGACGUGUCGCGGCCCUGCCAGGACUGUGCAUCUGAGGCCGAGAACUGGAUCUGCCUCACCUGCUACCAGGUGUUCUGCGGGCGCUACGUCAACGAGCACAUGGUGGCUCACGGCGCGGAGGAGGAGCACCCCAUGGUUCUGAGUUUCUCUGAUCUCUCUGUGUGGUGUUACCUGUGCGAGUCCUACGUCCACCACCAGAUUCUGUUCCAGACCAAAAACGCUGCCCACCUCUCCAAGUUCGGAGAAGGCUGCCCCCCGUGGAACUGAGAGGAGGAAGAGGACGAGGAAGGCUUCCUCGCCGUCCGACUCUGCUUCAUUUGGACAGUUUCACGUGUUCUGGAUGACCGUGCUUCUGGAAUGUUCUGAUGCCACACGGCCACCAAAAAAGAGACAAAUACACAAUUCUUUCUUCAUCUGAUUUUUUAAAUAUUCCUUAAUUAUCUUCACAGUUCUUUGACCUUUAAAAUCCAUGUGAUCACGGAAAGAUGAACGAACACGAUGAUGUCAGCUUGUUUCAAAGCUGCUCAGUGAUCUGAGUCCUCAUGUUAGUCAGUUUGAUAACUAAAAUAAAAUCUGUUCUAUCAAAA